UACAGACGUCAUAAUAAAAUCAUCUGCGAAAGAAAAAACUUUUAAAAUUUUCAUCUCUGACGCAAAAAAAUCAAAAUUCUUCGGAAAUGAAGUUCGCACGUUAUUAGUUGAUUGUCGUCUAUCCUUAAUUGUGAGUGCAUGAAUCAGAUGCCAUACGAGCAGCGAGAGGAAUCUCUAUUUGGAUUGCUAUUUUCUUGUAAAAUGAAACGACAAAACGUUAGAACAUUAUCUUUAGUUGUUUGUACAUUCACGUACUUACUCAUUGGAGCGUCUGUAUUUGAUGUGUUGGAAAGUGACACGGAAAAGAAGCGAUGGGAUUAUUUGAAAGCGAUGAAACAAAGUUUCAUGACAAAAUACAACAUGACAGACGACGACUAUCGCAUGUUGGAAAUUGUGGUUAUCGAAAACAAGCCAAACAAAGCAGGACCACAGUGGAAGUUUGCGGGCGCAUUUUACUUUGCUACUGUUGUACUUGCGAUGAUCGGUUAUGGCCAUUCGACACCCGUUACGCGUCAAGGAAAGGCAUUUUGCAUGGGAUAUGCGAUGGUUGGCAUCCCCUUGGGUCUCGUUAUGUUCCAAAGUAUCGGCGAACGUUUGAACAAAUUCGCAUCUGUGCUGAUUCGGAGACUCAAGAAAUACCUAAACUGCAAAUAUACGGAAGCAACGGAGAUGAAUUUGAUGUUUGCAACGGGAAUGUUGUCGACAGGCAUAAUAACAACGGGCGCUUAUGUCUUUUCAAAGUACGAAGGAUGGAGUUACUUCGACAGUUUCUAUUAUUGCUUCGUCACUCUCACAACAAUUGGAUUCGGGGAUUAUGUCGCGUUGCAAAAUGAUCAUGCUUUGAUCAACAAACCCGGAUAUGUCGCUCUGAGUCUCGUUUUCAUCCUUUUUGGCUUGGCAGUUGUUGCUGCAAGCAUCAAUUUGCUCGUUUUGCGUUUCAUGACAAUGAAUGCCGAGGAUAUUCGUCGCGAAGAAGCUGAACGAGCGUUACAGAAUCCGCCGCAGAAUCAAGUUGUGACAUAUGACGCCGAAACAGCACACAACAAGAUGCCCCGAAGCGGAAGCAAGUCAAAUUAUUGUUCGGAAACGGAUGAACAAACGUCAGUUUGCUCGUGUACAUGCUUGGGAGCGAACAGUUGUGCCAAUCACGAGUUGUUUUUAGACUCGGAAUACCAUCCAACGGACAUCAUUUCCAUUAAUUCGAGUAUUAAACGUGCUUCAGUUUAGACUUUGUACUUGUAGAAAUUUUGAAAUCUCUAAAAAAAAUUUAAUAAAUUUC